UCUUUAUUAUAAAUGAAUACAACAGAAAAGCAAGAAACGAAUUCAGAAAAAGUAGCCAUUGAGUCAAUAGACAAUGAGAAACAAAAGCAGACUUAUGGAGGCGACACUGCCCUUGCCAAUGCUCCCUGGAAGUUUAAGAUCAUUGCCCUUGUCACGGCUUUGUUAUUUCCUUUGGGAUCACACUUUUCUGCUAGUGCUUUAUCAGCCAUGAAAAGAUCCAUUGUGAAGGAAUUAGCCAUUUCUAAUACGAAAUAUGGUGUUAUUUCUGCCUCUGUCUCAAUUAUCAAUACAAUUUUCCCUAUUGCAGGCGGUAUCUUCAUUGACAUGUUUGGUUCUGUCUGGGGUACCUUGGCAAUUAACUGUAUGAUCAUUCUUGGUUCUCUCUUGACCGCCCUUGCUGCCAAAUACAAAUCUUACGCUCUCAUGGUCGUUGCUCGUGUGGUCUUUGGUAUUGGUAGUGGUUUGAUUGUGACCAUGCAAGAAUCUCUACUGUCCAAAUGGUUCCGUACAAAGCAUUUAUCUAUUGCUAUUGGUCUUCAGCUAUCCAUUAGUCGUCUCUCGACCUUUUUGGGUACACUCGUUGCGAACCCAGUCGCUUCUGCCACAGGUGACUGGGUCUGGGCUUUCUGGCUUUCAUUCAUCCUUUGUGGCUUCUCCAUCAUCAUGAACUUAAUCUAUGCCCUUGUCGUGCGUCACCUUAGGGGUCAAGUAACCCUAACAAAGGAAGAACUCUUGGCUGGUUACAAGGCAAGUGCAUCUCAAGUCGUGCCUAUUUCACGCGUCGUAGACAUCGAGCUCGGCGAGACAAAGGAAACGAAGUCUCCAUCAGGUACAGAGACAGAAAGUGAUGCAGACCUCAAAACAUUCAAAUGGCGUUCCAUCUUCAAGUUCCCUACCAUCUUCUGGCACAUCAUCUUGAUCGAAUUCAUCUACGCUGCCGUCUGGUCCUCUUUCCAAACCAUCUCUACCGACUUGGUCAUCAUGCACUUUGGUAGCGACAAAGUCUUGGCUGGUUACAAGGCAAGUGCAUCUCAAGUCGUGCCUAUUGUCGCCACUCCUAUCCUUGGCUUCAUCAUGGACUAUUAUGGUUGUCGUGUUCUCAUCCUAUUGCUUUCUGCCGUCUUCUUGAUCCUCAGUUCAGGUUUGCUUGGCUGGAGUUACGUGGAUGCUACCGUCGGCAUGGUCUUCUACUCCAUAUCCUUGGCCUUUGGUCCUAUUGCCAUGAUUACCUCUAUUGGUAUGGUCUUGCCCUCUGAAUAUAUCGGUACUGGUCUGGGAAUCUACAAGAGUGCCAAUAACGUAGGCACCUCGAUUUUGGAUGUGGUCGUAGGUGUCGUUCAAGACAAGACUGCCAAUCAGAGCUACGUCAAUGUCAUGCUCGUCUUCAUCAUCCUUGCUGCUAUUGGGUUCGUCUUGAUUAUCGCCCUCUGGGCUAAUCAGUUCAAGUUUUACGGUAACUUGCUCGAAGUCAGACGUACCAUUCGUACGAUGCGUAUGCAAGAAAUUAACGACAAAGAACUCGAAUAUACCUCCAAGGGCAUGGACCCUUACACCGAUACACCUACCAGAUGGACAAGUUAUCCUAUCGUUGGUUCCUUUGUUGCCGCUCUUUUAGUUGCCUGGGUCUUAUUCUUUGUUUAUUCCAUACAUGAAUCCAGCGCUUAG